CGUGAUUUGUCUCGUAUCCCUUUGCCGGGUUUCUGCUGGGAUCCGGAGGGCUCGGGUGCCUUCUGGCUGUUUCGUGCCGGCGAGCGUCUGAAAUUAGCUGGUUUAAGUCCGCAGUUGGCGUUUCGAGCCAAAACGAUAGCCUUGACUGAGGAAAUAUGGGGUGUAUAAAAUCAAAAAGGAAAGACAAUCUGCAUGGAGAUGGGCUAGAUUUGAAGAACCAACCAGUACGUAAAACUGAACGAACUAUUUAUGUGAGGGAUCCAACGUCCAAUAAACAGCAAAGGCCAGCAAAUCCAGAAGCACAGCUCUUACCAGGACAGAGGUUUGUCAGUCCAGAUGCAGAGGAGCAGGGAGUCAUUGUGGUAGCUUUGUAUCCCUAUGAUGGCAUUCAUGAAGAGGACUUGUCCUUCAAAAAAGGAGAAAAACUGAAAGUUAUAGAAGAAUCUGGAGAAUGGUGGAGAGCAAAAUCUCUCACGACAAGAAAAGAAGGUUUCAUUCCCAGCAACUAUGUAGCAAAAGUAAACACCCUGGAAACAGAAGAAUGGUUCUUCAAAGACAUAACCCGAAAAGAUGCUGAAAGACAGCUCCUGGCUCCUGGAAAUGGUCCUGGAGCUUUCCUUAUCAGAGAAAGUGAAACAUUAAAAGGCAGCUAUUCUCUCUCCAUACGGGACUAUGAUCCGGAGCAUGGCGAUGUUAUCAAGCACUACAAAAUCAGGAGCCUAGACAAUGGAGGGUUUUACAUCUCUCCAAGAAUAACUUUUCCUAAUAUCAAUGAUAUGAUCAAACAUUAUCAAAGGCAAUCAGAUGGCUUAUGCAGAAAGUUGGAAAAAGCUUGUAUUAGUCCCAAACCUCAAAAACCAUGGGAUAAAGAUGCAUGGGAAAUUCCACGGGAAUCAAUUAAAUUAGUGAAGAAACUUGGAGCUGGUCAGUUUGGAGAGGUCUGGAUGGGUUACUAUCUUAACAGUACCAAAGUGGCUGUGAAGACUCUGAAGCCUGGAACAAUGUCUGUGCAAGCCUUCCUGGAGGAAGCCAACCUCAUGAAAACACUUCAGCAUGAUAAGCUCGUUAGGCUUUAUGCUGUGGUGACCAAAGAAGAGCCUAUUUAUAUUAUAACAGAGUUCAUGGCAAAAGGAAGUUUGCUGGAUUUUCUGAAAAGUGAUGAAGGAAGUAAACUGUUGCUUCCAAAGCUGAUAGACUUCUCUGCUCAGAUUGCAGAAGGGAUGGCAUACAUAGAAAGAAAAAAUUAUAUCCAUCGAGAUUUGAGAGCAGCAAAUGUUCUGGUUUCAGACCUAUUGAUGUGCAAAAUUGCUGAUUUUGGAUUAGCAAGAGUGAUCGAAGACAAUGAAUACACAGCAAGGGAAGGUGCAAAAUUCCCUAUUAAAUGGACAGCACCAGAGGCAAUUAACUAUGGAUCUUUCACUAUUAAAUCUGAUGUGUGGUCAUUUGGGAUUCUCCUGUAUGAAAUUGUUACAUAUGGAAAGAUUCCUUAUCCAGGUAUGAGCAAUUCUGAUGUGAUGGCUGCUCUUCAGCGUGGGUACCGGAUGCCACGCAUGGAAACCUGCCCAGCUGAGCUUUAUGAUAUCAUGAAAACAUGCUGGAAAGAUAAAGCAGAAGAGAGGCCAACCUUUGAUUACCUACAGAGUGUGCUUGAUGACUUCUACACAGCAACAGAAGGGCAGUAUCAACAACAGCCAUAGAACAAAGAACACUUUUUCUAUUGCCAUAGAUCAUUGGCACAGACUCUUUACAACAGACUGCUCAAACCAGUUACUUCAUGCAUUCAGGUGUCUUAACUGAGUGUGGAAGCUGAAAUGCUGGAGAAUAAUUCUGCAAAGAAAUAAUGUUUUUAUUUAGUUAAAACGGUUCCUCUAAAGCUUCAAGUUCUCCUUAAUGGCUCUGUGUUUUGCAUCUGUAGAAACACCCCAAAGCAAACAGGCUUUUUGGGGUCAGGAAAGAGAAGGAAGGAGAGCAGUCAUGCCCUGGUACAGUUUGACAAGACCUUCUUAGGAUCUAAAUCAUGCAAUAUGUUACAAGGAGACCUUGAUAAAAAGGUUGAGAAGAUGCAUGAACAGCUGUUUUCAAAACAAAAAGUCACAAAGGAGAACUUACAGAUUUAAGGCAUGGUGAUGUUCUUAAAUCAUCUCUUUUGAAAUACAGCAUAUUGCAAAAAUUAUUUUUAUAUCCUUGUUAUUUCACAUUAGUAUCAGGCGUACACUCACCUCUUGUAAGGCUUUCUAAACAGUGUCAAGGUUUCCUUUGAGGAAGACUUAGGUAUGUCAUUCUUUACACUGAAAAAGUUCUGAUUUUCUGCUGUAAAACCCUAAAUUUAAAAUCAUUUUCAAAGCAUUACAAAAGCAUCAGAUGCAGAAGUGCCAGAUGAACACACAUGACUGCAGACAUGGCAGCACACCUCACUCUGUGUUCAAGCUUCAGCUUCCCACAAAGCCAAAGCCAGCAUCUGAAGUCC